UUGUCUAGAACCUAAUUGUCACUUAAUAAUUAUUUCCAUGGAUUUAUAUACAUAAUUAACCAUUUGAAACUUAGUUUUUACGUGAGAUCCUCGUGAUUAGGACUGGAAUUACUGAACGUUUUAGGGUAGACUUCCUUUUUUGUUGAAGACAUGCAAGUAGAACAGUUACUUUUGAUUUCGUUUCUUAUAGUAGGAUAUGCUGAUCAUAGUGAUGCUCUACAUCCAAAUGGUGUGAAUGUCAAGGUAACUUAUUGGUCCACAACGAAGAAAACCAAAUAUGUAUGCUCUUUUUGGAGCUGGGGACGCUGUACAAAAUAUGUUGAAGAAAUCCAUGAUAAAUAUGAAUGUAAAAGUGGCUGGCUGCAACAAUAUUGGAAUUCCAGGGGUUGUGAAUUAGCGGUAUGUGGUGGUCUGACUAAUCUAAAUGGAGCCUGUAAUAUAAAAUAUGAAAAUGAUUUCAUAAGAACUAGAGCAGGUUACUAUUACCAAAGUGGUGGAUCAUGUACAGCACCAAAUACUUGUAUUGGUUGUAAUACAGGUUUUUAUAGUGAUGGAGGAUACUGUAGAAUAUGUGGAAAAAUAGACAAUUGUAACCACAGAGUUUGCACAUCUUCAUAUGAUCAUCAAUGUCAAUGGUGUGAUGGAGAGCUACAACCAAACCGUUAUUAUAGAGCUUAUACUCAACAUGUAGAUAGAACUAAAUGUCAGAAGGCAUGUUCCUGGAGGACAGAUAGCUCAAGGUGUUUCCCAGGUGUAUGUACUGAUGAAUUAGCUAGUAAUUGUGUAUGUUCUACCAACUUUGGAGGAACACACUGUCAAGACAUAAAUGAAGCACCAGAAAUUUUAUGGAAUUAUUGUGAAUUUACUGACACUAGUGGACACAAUAAAUUACAGAAUGAUCCAAACUGGGUCAAAGAUGACCCCCAUCCAAUUAUCUGGACAAAUUUUGUGGCUUAUACAAGGAUUAAAUUCGAGAUAAAUGCAAAGUAUCUUCAACCAGUCAUUGCUAUAGAUUCCACUCAUUAUGUCAAAGAUUUUAGAGUUGGUGUUAUUGAGGAAAAAGUCACUCUAUCUUAUUAUAAAGGUUCUACCUUAACAAAUGUAAAAACCGGAACAAGCCCUGGUAUGGACAAAAAUCAACCAGUAGAUAAAAACUUAGAAACUUGGGACAUAGCAUCUUGGCCUGGAUAUGAACAUGAUGACAAGGUCAUAGUUGCAUUUACAUCUACCAAUGGAGGUUAUGUGAAAGUUGCUGAUCGAGAACAGAAUGUAUGGGACAAGGUCAUCAAUACUUAUUAUUACAAUGGUCAGACAGCUACAAGAGAAUUUGAGUAUCACUGGGAUUUAGUUGAUCCAGUUCAUUGUUCAGUUACUUCAGGGACAUCUUGUUCCUCUUUUGUAUCUACUGCAACAGAUAUUACUAAUGAUCCAAGCAUAACAUUUACAUGGGGAGGAUGGUCAGACGCUUUAGCUGGAAUCGAUCGUUUCGAAUAUGAUAUGUUUAAACUUAAAGAUGUUGGUACUGAGUUGGUUGAUGGCAUGGACAAAAAACAAAGUAAUGCAAAUGUUCCUGCUACAGAUUCAUCCGUAACCUUAGUGAUGACAGAACCAGGGAUGUAUUCUCUUCAUAUGACUGCAGUAGACAAAGCGGGAAAUUAUAUGACAGGGCGUGCUUUGUUCCUGUUUGAUGACGAGUCAGUUGUAGACAAACAAGGAGAUCCAACUUACUGUCCCACAGCAUCGGAAGAUACAUCCUACAUAUGGGUUGUAGUGGAUACUCUCAAGGUCAAAGUCCAGUUCAAAGAUAGAUUUAUAAAUACCAGACACAAGCAUAACAAAUGGUUGAAUAGAGUACAGACAUAUAAUCCACAAAAAGUGACCUAUGAAGACUUGUAUGGCAAUAGAACUAAUGAACCUAUUUCUAAUAUGCAUGCCAUUGUAGACUUCCAAGUGUCAUUUGAAGUUCAUAGUGCUCCAGGUACUCUGAAAGAUUCCCGUGCUCUGACAUCAAUAUCUCAAAUAAAGAAUCAGUAUGACAUCCUUACGUUAAAUUGGGCUGAUGGAGAUCGUCUGACCUCUACAGUUAAAGCUUUUGAUGUUCUUCGUGAAUAUAACGAAGAGACUAUUGUCAUCUACAGAGAUGCAACACCACCUCUUUUAGAAAAUCUAUGGUUGACCAAAGGUGACAGAUUGAAUAUUAGUGUACAUAGCUUAGAAGAUUUUACCAAAAUGACGAUAGAAUGGGAAGCUUAUGAUAUGCACAGUGGUUUGGCUUCUGUGAAUUGGAAGUUGUUUGACCAUAAGACUGGGGAUGUACAUGGAUAUGAAGAUAUCAUUGCUCAAGGAUCAGCUUCUGAUUUAUCAUCAUGUAACAGUACAUAUGGUUCUUAUGCCAGGGGAGCUAACUGUUACUGUACACCCUUUCAAGGAUGUUUUCAUCGCCAUUUCCAAAUUAAACCAGAAAUCAAGCUAAAGGGAGGUCUGCUGCAGAAUAAAGAUAAAGGAAUGCAUGAAUAUGAUUAUUAUAUCGAAGUUUCUAUCACAAACAUUGCUGAAAUUACAACUGUAUUAAAGAAAAAGAUAACAAUUGAUAUAAGCCCCCCUCAUUCAGGAAUGGUGCAUGAUGGUAUUAGAGGUAACCCAGAGAUAGACUAUCAACAAGGAACUGGCCUCAAGGCGUACUGGGAAGAGUUUUUUGAUAGAGAAAGUGGGGUGUUUUUCUAUCAAUACAUAGUUGGUACUAGUUGUGCUGGCAAGAAUGAUUUUACCCUUGAUGAAACAAACCCAAAUCUAGUAGAGACUUACAACACCUUUGGCAGCCAUACUGCAAGUGGUGAUGGGACUUACUAUUUCACCGUGGUAGCAUAUAACAGAGCUCUAGAUCCCUCAGACCCAGUAUGUUCAGAUGGAGUUACCAUAGACAGUUCAGUUCCAGCAGUUCAGGAAAUAGUUGUGGAAAAUUCACGGAUUACGGGAGGACUUAUAACAGAUUCCACAUGUACUAACUAUUACAUUUUGAGAUCUGAUCGUACGAGGAGACUUAUAACUAAUGUGACUGCUGAUUGCGUGAGUAAAGCAACCUCACUGAAUGACAUAGAUCUCUACCCUCAGGAAAGGUUUGCCAAUGGUAGUCUGGUAGAAGUGGAUGGUAAUGUUUUCUGUGGUAACUCUUCAGGUGCACCAAGUAGCAUAGGAUUAGCAUUGUAUAAAUCUUCUUUGAUGGAGAUAUCUUGGGAACCUGUAGAUAUUCCAGCCAAAGUAUAUGAUUAUGAACUCGGACUUUCAUCAACUUCAGGAAGUGCUGCACCAGAUAUCAUGGCAUUUGAAUCAACAAAACAACAUGCUCACCACCGAGUGGUUCAUACUAACAUUCCAGAUGGAACACAAUUCUAUAUCAUUAUAAAAACCAUCAGUAAAUCUAACGUAGAAGGUUUGACAACUUUGGGUCCUUGUUUUAUGGAUACAACACCUCCAGAUUUUGUUGGUGGCAGCAGUGUAUUUACAGUAGAAUUGUCUGGGGAUUACCUUAUAACUUCAUGGCCUCACGAUGCUGUAUCUGACAGUGAAGAAUUCUUUGACCUUGACUACAAGUUUGCUGUUGGUCACACUGCCUAUGGUACAGACAUUCAAGACUUCCUACCAUUACAGUCAGGAGAUAUCUGUACAUUCACUUAUCCACCAAAUUGUACUGCAGUCGAUAUAACAAAUAUGGACUGGUCCCUGCAUGGCCACCACACAUACUAUGUGUCAAUCAAAAUAACCAAUAGUGCAGGACUGGUAACCAUUCAAACAUCUGAUCCAUAUAUUCAUGAUGUUCAACUACCAGCUGAAGGAGUUAUUAUAGAUGUUGACCCACAGGACAUAGAAGAUAUAGAUUUUCAGACAUCUGCCGACAGUAUGUCAGCUAGAUGGUCAGGGUUUGCUCAUCCACAUUUAGAUGUGACCUACAAUAUAAGUAUAGGUACAACGGCAGGAGGAAGUGAUGUUGUGUCAAUGAAGGAUGUCGGUAAAAAAUUGUCUCACCAAGAGUCAGGACUGUCCUUGACACCAUUUGAGACAUACUAUUUUACUGUGACUGCUUUAAGUUCAGCAGGUAAUACAGCAGUAUCGUCUGAUGGUGUAACCAUAGUAACAGAAAAUGAUGCCUUGUCAGGAAUUACGCUCAAUGAUGGGGAACCCUGUAACAUGACUGAUUUAACAGUGGGCCACCAUGAGGAUGACAACAGAAUAUAUUGUGCAGAUGAUAUUGAUGUUCAGAUGUCCACUAGCUCUCUUAAAGCCUACUGGUCUGUACCAGUAGGUAUACAGUCAUACACAAGAGAUGCUUACAUUGCUAUAGAAAAAAGAACUGGAACAGGAAAAAUGUGGACUACUUUUCAUGAUUUUGUCCAUUAUUCCACUGUUUUUGAUGUUAGUAUAGAUGAUCUAACAUUAGAUCCAGGAAUUAAAUACCGUAUUGUACUGAAACUGUGUGCCAGAACCAUUUGUUUCCAGACUAUCCACACAGAUGGUGUAAUGGUUAUAGCAAAUCCUCCAACUGCAGGAGACAUUACCAUAGAACAUCUAAAUACCACAGAAGGAAACGGAGUUGAGAAGUUAUUGGUGUCUUUCACUCGAUUUUAUGACCCUGAUAUUGAAGAUACAACAGAAAAAUAUGGAGCUGUUGACAAGUAUGAAUUUGCCAUCACAGAUAACUCUGUACUCGGUAAACCUUACAUGACAUGGACUAACCUGGUCACCUUUACAACUACUGCAAAUCAGAUAUCCUUUGAAUAUGAAUUGAAUGGUACUAUGGAUUUUUCAAAAUGUAAAAGAUUUUCUAUAAGAGGAUACAACAAUGUUAAGUUAUACACAACCAUAUCUACCGAGGUUAAAGACUGUGAUGCAUAUAAUCCUAUACUGAUAAUACCUAAUAUUGUUAUCGAUGCUGUAGGAGCACCUGAGGCUUUAGAUAGUCGUGGUAAAAUGAUUUAUCUGGAAGAGAAUGCCUAUUGGCCUGAACCAGACAUGGAUUAUACCCCAUACAAGAAUAUUAUAUCAGCUGCCUGGCCUACGUUGCGUCAUAAAGAUUAUGAAUAUGCUAUAUUAGAUGCUAAGACUAUAGAUGUAACAACAUACUAUCAUCAGAUCAGUCAGCUGAGUUUACCAAAACCAUGUGACCAUCCUGAUAGCAUUAGAUGUGGACAUACAAUUAAUGGUUUCAUGAAUGAACUAUUCAGUAACAAUGAGCUUGUCCAUGGAACCCGCUACACGGUAUGUGUACAUGCUAAUCCUAUACAAAUACCAAGAGAGACAUGGAUUGAGUAUUUAGAAGAAAUAAAUGCCUGUAGUGACGGUAUUGUUGUGGAUCUGACUCCACCUGUGGCAGGAAGAUUGUGGAUUGGUUUAAAUCCAGGAUUAAUUUAUCAGACUUCUAAUACAGACCUCUAUAUAAACUGGGAUGGUUUUCGUGACGUAGAAGAAUAUGACACUGGACCACAUGCCACUGGUAUAAAAGAAUAUAUACUGGGUAUAGGUACAACACCAGGUGGUAAUGAUGUGUAUUCCUUUGAGAAUGUAGGGGUGGUCCAACAUAAAGCAUUACAUCAACUCACUCUUCAGAAUGGAUAUGUGUAUUAUGCCACACUCAAAGCUGUGGAUUUUGCCAAAAGAGAGACAGAAAAGAUUUCUGCUCCGAUUACAAUUGAUGUAACUCCACCUGACAGAACAGAUAAACCAAUCACUUUGAUUAACCGUCACAUAACAUCAACAACAGAAAUAAGUCCUUGUUGGAAAGGAGUCUUCAAAGAUGUACAAAGUGGUGUGGAUUAUUAUCUGUGGUCAGUUGGCUCACAACCUGGAUACACGGAUAUGAUGACGUAUAUAAAAACAACAGAUGAAUGUGGAAUUACAGACAAAAAUAAUCCUCUUUCACUACUGGAUGGCCAUUCUUAUUACAUCAAUGUCAGAGCCUUCAACAAAGCAGGAUUGUCUUCAUUAGCCACAUCUUGGGCUUUUGAACUAGACACAACGCCACCUACACCUGGUCAUGUGUAUGAUGGAGAUAAGGACCAAGUGACAGGAAGUGUGAAGGAUAUUGACUAUCAAACCGAGACUAAAGUUUUACAUGCUCACUGGGAAGGAUUUCAUGAAUCUCAUUCAACUAUCAAAGAUUAUUAUGUCUCGAUUGGAACCUGUCCACAAUGUGAGGAUAUUUUAGGACAACAAGCCAUUGGAAUAGCAUAUGAAUUUACCCUAGAAAAUACUCAUCUUGGUACAGGACUAAGAUAUUACACAACUGUAACUGCAUGUAAUACAGCAGAAAUGUGUACGACUGUGACAUCAGAUGGUGUAAUUAUUGACAACAGUCCACCAACACCAGGCACUGUGCAGGAUGGUACUGGUUAUUACGAUACAGAAUACCAAUCAAUGAAAAACUUCAUAUCAGCUAAAUGGUAUGGAUUUGAUGAUGCCCAGUCAGGUUUGGAGAAAUAUGAAUGGAGAGUAGGAACCAAGCCAGGGUAUGAUGAUAUUGUACCAACUAUAGAGCUUCAUUUGACAGAAACAGCAGCAUUACUGGACUCAUCUAGUUAUAAUCUUAGUCUUCCUAUAAACACACGGAUGUAUAUAACAGUCAGAGCUUAUAAUAAAGCAGGGUUGUGGGCAGAGUCAUCAUCGAGUGGCUUUAGUGUGGAUGACACGCCACCGGUUCUGUCAAAAGUACCAACAUUCUCCAAUGACUUUGGGAUCACUGAUUUGACUCAGAUAUAUAGGACAACGAUGAAGGUUGAAUGGGAAGUUGAGGAUGCAGAAUCAUUUAUAAAGAGACAAUACCUGUCAAUCAAAUCUCACAUUGGAGGAGAAUUCAUGCUAUCUUCACAGCCAGUCAAUGGUAUUGCCAGGUCCUAUGUAUUUACUGGUUUAGAUCUACAUGAUGGAGUGACAUACUAUGUGACUUUGAUUUCCUGUAACAGUGCAGACAUCUGUAUCUCAGAUACUUCACAGGGAAUGUUUGUAGAUAGCACCCCACCAUCUAGAGGAAUGUUUGCUGUUAGUACUGACCAUGCUUCUGAUCCAGAUACCUCCAGAAAUGAACAUGGGUGGAUGACCUAUGGAAGUAAUGCUGUGUACCUUGCCUGGCUAGGGUUCAGUGAUAUACAUUCACAGAUUGAUCAUUAUAUGGUCACUGUAGGAACCUCUUACAUGGAGAAAAAUUUGAAUAAGGAUCUUAAAACCAAGUAUGUCCAUGUAGAUAGCAACACUGACCAUGGUGAUGAGGGCAAAGUUCAACUGUUUAAAAUUGACACUGUUGUAUUGACUAAAUAUGAUGAAGUAUACAUCACUCUGUGGGCCGUUAAUAAGGUUGGAUUAAGAAGCCAAAUGAUUCAUUCCGCUUUUAAAAAGACUCCACCUAGCUACCUGGACUUGGUCAGAAGAUGUGAUGCAAUAUCAUGUGAAGGCCAUUGUGUUUGUUCUCCACAAGACCAGAAAUGUCCAUUUAAUCCCAGUCUUGGUAACUGUACAGAUGUGUCUGAUGAUGUAUUUUCUAGUACACAGUACACAUUAUUGUUAGUGAAGGACACAAAUGGUUAUACCAUGGAUGACCAAGCUGUAACAGCUUCCGAUAGUGUACUGAGAGCUUCAUGGAUAAUAUCUCAACAGUUCCCCUCUAAACCCUUAUGGUAUGAAUGGAGUGUGGGUUAUGAAGAUGAGGCAACACCAAUAGGUAUAUAUGACCCAGUAAAUGAGAAGGUUUGGCAGGAUGCUGGUCAGCUAAUGGAUACUAUCUUUACUGUUGGACCAGAUCAAGAGCUGUUAGAAAACAACAUUAAAUAUUCUGUGUUUGUACGGAUAUGGUACACAUCUGACAUGUAUGCUGUAUUUAAGACAGAUGGUAUCGCAGUGAUGACACAAACGCCAGGUUUAGCAACAGUCAGAGGAACUGCUGUGAUAGAAAAAGUAUUGAAUACCUAUGUAAAGGAUGCUGAUUAUAUGAGAAUAGGGCGACCUAUAACAUUUAUGUGGAAGAACAAAUUCCUGAAGGCUGCAGCCACAAUUAAGGAAUACAAACUUUAUAUAAGUUCAUUUCCUGGUGGAUAUGACAUUAUGACAAUACCCACAGAUUUAGAUGGAACAGCGGAAGGAUUUAACAUGUCUAGAGUCAACUUAUCACCGGGAAUAAAAUAUUAUUCUAAUGUGAUAGCUUAUAACUAUGCUGGUGUUCACACUACGUCUACGUCAGAUGGAUUCAUUGUAGAUCAUGUAGACCCGUCAGCUGGCAUUGUAUAUGAUGGAUUAGGAGUAAUGGAUGUAGAAUAUAAGAACUCUUCAGACAUAGUGGAAGCCCAUUGGCAUGGAUUUAUAGACACAGAGUCUGGUAUUCAGUCAUACAAAUGGUGUGUGGGGUUGACAACCGUUGUUGAUACAAAUUAUGACCAAUCAGAAUGUGAUAUUUUACCGUGGACUAAUGUUGGACUUCAUGUUUCUGUAUCUCGUAAUCUAUCAACAGAUAUUCCUCAUGGUAAAAAAAUAUAUAACAAGGUCUAUGCUGUAGAUAAUGUAGGAAGAAUGUCAUCUAUAGUCAUAUCAGAUGGUGCCAUAGUAGAUAAAACACCUCCUGUUUCAGAAAAAUUUAUUCAUAUUGAUGAUAAUAUGGUUGACAAUCCUUCAUUCGAGGACACAAGUGGUGAUCUAGUCUCAUGGGAGAAUGUCAGUACUACAGAUAUCUGUUUGAUUUCUAGUAGUUACCACCCAUUGUUAUGGAUACCCCAUGUAUCAACAUGCAUGGCUGUUAUAUCAUCUCAAGUAAAUUUAGCUAAAGACGGACAGUCUUUUCUGUUCAUCAGAGGAAACAUUCAGCAAAAACUUGUUGAUAUCAAGGCUGGAUGUUUUUACAAGAUUUCAUUUUACUCAAGUCAUUUACCGAUAACAGAUUCUGUAGGAGCCAACAAGGAAGGUUUCGUACAACUUGGUGAUGACAAACAAGUAUUCCUGAUAUAUACUAAACCAUAUCGCCAUGAUGGACAUGCAGAGGGUAGUAGUAGAGCAGAAAUUUCCUGGCAUGCGCACACCUUUUAUUUCAAAGCUACAAAUGAUCAGGUUAAUAUUACUAUUGGAAGUAUGGACAUGACAACGGGGAUAUUUAUAGAUAAUCUAUCUGUUCAGAAGGUGAAUUUGACAACAGCAUUAUCAGGUGGUCACGUGAUUGGUCAUGUGGUAUAUUUACAUGAAUGGAGUUCCAUACAUGGGUCUUGGAGUUUUGCUGAUCCUGAAUCUCCAGUCAUAGAUUACAGCUGGGCAAUAGGUUAUGCAUCUGGAGGAACACAAAUACAGCCAUUCAGAAGUGUAGGAUUGAUGAACUUUGGGUUUAACAAUAAUGUGACCUUGGUACACAACACAUAUAUUUAUAUCACAGCUAUAGCUACAAAUGCGGCAGACAUGAGAGGAAUUUCUUACUCGGAUCCUAUUCUAGUAGAUCUGACACCACCUGACAUCAAAUUUGUCAAUGAUGGAUUAGGAGGAGACGAAGAUGCCUGGGAAUUUAAUGAAGUAGUAGCAAACUGGGACUACGAAGAUCCAGAAUCUGGUAUCCUGUUCUGUAAAUGGGCUGUUGGUUACCAGCCUGGUGGAAUUGAGUUAUUAUCAUACACAGUGAUCACAACUUUGUCUGCCUACAAAGAAUUUCCUUACAAUGUACUGAUAGGGAGAACAAUUUAUACCACUCUGACUUGUGAAAAUAAUGCUGGAUUAAUUUCUACUAUGUCUGCCAAUGGAGUAAGGAUAUCUAACCAGCCUCCAUCUACAGCGUCAGCGGUAGUAGAAACAAUGCCUCUAUCUAUGACAGAGUACACUCCGCAAAUCAAUAAGCAAGGCGUGACAGACAAUAUAAGACUCAAGUGGACAGGAUUUACUGAUGAUAUAGGUGUCGAAAGAUUUAAGGUAUUUUACAACAUGGAUGGCUUGUCAGAGAUGAUGUUCUUUUCUGAUGCACAGGAUGUUCUGUAUGCACAUUUUACAGACACAACAUUAACAGAAGGGUCAUAUGACUUUUCCGUCCAGGCUGUCAACAAACUGUUUAAAAGCAGCAACAAAGUGAAGGCAAAUUCAACAGUAGCUACAUCCGUACCCACAGUAGAUAACUCAAAGAACCUGGGCCUUAGCUGGAUUGAUAACAAAGUAGUAGUAUCCUGGGACACCAUAUUUAGUAGUGAUGAUGCCCUGUUCUAUGAAGUGUCUUCUGGCUCUGCUCAAGCAGGUGUAAACAUAAUACAGUGGCAAGAAACCAGUAAUACCAGUAUAACAUUUGGCAUACCAGCCUCUGUGUCAGCGUCCUCAGGGUUACCAGUCCAUGUAACAGUGAAGGCUGUGUCCAUCGGUGGACAUUCAGCAGUAAAAGUUGGCCAAUUUAUUCUUCCAUGAUUUUUGACCUAACUAUCUAACUAUAUUUUCCUGUACUUAUUGAAAUGUGUUAUUUACAAAUACCCCAAAAAUUGAAGCUUGUGUUCAAGGGAAAUAAUAUUAUCCAUCCCUUCAUCUGUAUUUUUGUUUGAAAUCUAGUUUAUCUUGAAUCUGAGGUCAAUGAAACCACACAAAUUAAAUGUAAAGGAUAUUUGUGAUAUAUUUAUGAUAAAUUUUGGCAAAUACAGUGUAAAGCGUCAUGGCCUAUUCUGAAAUUGACAUAAUACAUUAUGGCAAACUUUUGAGGUCAAACAUACAAGACAUCUCUGUUUGAACUGUUACCGUCCAUUGUUAUCUUAUAUAUAUCUAUGUUUAUGUUUACUAGAGAAUAUUUAUAUUAUUUAUACAGUUGUUGAUUUUAUUUGUAUAUAUACAUCUGUGAUUGUUUUUUCCCUCAUACUUGCUCCAUCAUUGAUAAUGGUCAGUUGUUUUUAUUUUUCAAUUGGAUUAAUUUAUUUUUGUAAAACAUAUGACUUUAUAAAUGUAAAGUGUUAACAGUAGAAUAUUUUUAUUUUGAUAUAACUAUUCAGUUGCUGUGCUAUGUAUUUAAGGUGGUACCCAUUAACUUCACUAAAAGUAAUCUGACUCCUUUAAUUUUCAUGAAAUUUUGUCAAAGCAUUUACUUUAACCCUUCGACAAAAAUAUACAUAUUUGAAAAAAUUAGAACCAACCAAUCUAUCAGAAAAAAUACACUGGUUAUAUAGCAGUUUGACAAACAUUUAUUUUGAUUAUUGAGAAGCUUAAUAUGCCCUUAACAACACAAGGUUAUUAAAACGUUUAGCUGAUUUUACAGAGUUAUCUCCCUGUUGUGAAAGGUACCACCUUAAGUGGUGUAAAUCUUUUUGAAAUAUAUAUCCAAAUUAAUGUAGAAAUGGAUGCAGAUGACAUUUGUUGAGUAUAAAUACUUGAUAUUGCUGCUUAUUCAGCUUGAAAGGGCCUUAGUUCUGACUUCAGUUGUACUACAAUCAUGUGUAGGAGUAAUCAGAACAGCCAAAGAUUUGUUAGGAUCAUAGAAUCAUUAUCUGCAAACUUAACCAAAAAUGGAGUAAGAUGAUAAAGUAUAACUAUGAACAAAUCCAAUGAAAAUAAAUUUCUAUACACAAAUUCAUGAGUAAUAAAUACCAAGUUUUACUAUGACAGCAAAAAGUAGUUCUUGUAUUUCAUUUAAAAAAACUUUAACUUAUUAGACAAAAUUGUUUUGCAUUUUUUUAAAUUAAUAUUGAUUUUUGAAUAUUAGCCUUCUAUGUAAGAUAACUGCCCUUUUGUGGUACCUGAAAAAAAAUAAUUACAAAUUGUAUAUUUUGUUUUAUCUAUUGUGUUUUUAAAAUAUAUUGCGAAA